AUGUUACAGGUGCUGUCUGUGUUUGUGUGUUUCUCCACGUCAGUCACAGUAAUAAUCACAGUCAUCAUCUUCAGCUCACCGCACAGCUAUGUCAUUACAGGAGUCUGAUGACAGCUACGAUUUUGUUUUCAAGAUAGUUCUGGUUGGAGAUGUCGGUGUCGGAAAAACUUGUGUGGUUCAGCGAUUUAAGACCGGCAUUUUCAUGGAGAAACAGGGCAGCACAAUUGGAGUGGAUUUUACUAUGAAGACGCUGGAAAUACAGGGGAAAAGGGUGAAGUUACAGAUAUGGGAUACAGCUGGACAGGAGCGUUUUCGCACCAUCACACAGAGUUACUAUCGCAGUGCCAAUGGUGCCAUCAUCACUUAUGAUAUCACAAAGCGAUCCUCUUUUAUGUCUGUGCCCAAGUGGAUGGAGGAUGUGAAGAAAUAUGGUGGUUCCAACAUAGUUCCUCUUUUAAUUGGUAAUAAAUCGGAUUUGACUGACUUGCGUGAAGUGCCCUCUGAAGAUGCACAGACCAUGGCUCAUCAGCUGGAUUUUGUGACUGCCAUCGAGACUUCAGCCAAGGACUCUAGUAAUGUGGAAGAGGCAUUUAACAAAAUGGCCACAGAGCUCAUCCUCCGACAUGGCGGGCCCAUGUUCAAUGAAAACGUAACAGAUAGCUUCAAACUGAACAGUAAGGAUGUGACCAGUGAGGGAUGGGGAUGUGGCUGUUGAUUAGUUAGUCAUUCUCAUGAAGCAAUAAAAGCUUUGGUCAUG